AUGUUGAUGAAGCUUGAUGAAUCUGUUCACCCAACCUUAAAUAAGAGUAGCAUUAUUGCAGUUCUGGAGGAUCUCUCAGGACAAGCUUCAACGAACAGCCAAACGUUAACUGAAUCUCCUUCACGAGAGAACAACCAGAACACAACCAGUACAUGUCUUGUUGUCGACGGUAUGGCAGUUGUUCAGGAGAUAAUGGCAGUAAAGCCUUUAAAGAAUUGUAAGGAAUUAGCAGAUGCAUAUGUAACACUCAUAGAUGCCAAAGGUCACAACUACGAUAUUACUCGGGUUAUAUUUGACAACUACGUCGUCGAGGUUUCACUUAAAGAAGCGACACGAGAUCGACACAGGGGAAGUAAGGCACUUGUAAAAGGAUAUGUCAUGGAAGAUGCUACUAAAAUAAAAAAUGUUAAAUCAUUUCUUGGAAGCACUACUACGAAAGCAAAUCUUACACUCUUUUUAGCGAGGAAGUUAAUAGAUCACGCUAAAGUACAUGUCAUUACAGCAACACAUCAGGGGGUUAUGUCAAACAGAGCUGGCAAUAUCACUCCUGGUGUUAGCACUCAAGAAGAAGCAGAUACGUUGAUGAUCUUACAUGCAGUCGAAGCAGCAAAAGCGGGGUCCAUUGUUCCUAUAUACAGUCAAGACACAGAUGUAUUGCUUCUUGUUUUGAGACGUGUUCCCCUUCUUGGUGAACAAGCAGCACUGUUGAUGGGCACAGGUGAUCGACGCCGUCUAGUGUUAUUGAAGCCGAUUUAUGAUUCACUUGCAGAACAGAAAGCGAAGGCGCUAUGCAAAUGGCAUGUCUUAACUGGCUGUGAUAGGACAGGCUACAUUCGGGGAAAAUCAAAGAAAGCAUGUUUAGAAGCAUUUUUGAAGGAAAAACCCAGUAUUGUUUCGGCCAUUUCCUCUCUUGGAAUUGAAAGUGGGGUUAGUGGGCCAUCUGAAGACAUAAUCGAAGGCUGCAUAUCAUUUCUAUGUGGUCUUUUUCGUAAGAAAGGUAUUGAAGCCACAAACCCACACAGUCUUCGAUGGACCUUGUUCAAGCAACAGAGAAUUGACAAAGGUAUUGAGCUACUACCACCAACCUAUGGAGCGUGGAAAGAGCACAUUUUGCGAGCUCAUUGUCAGUGUGUGGUAUGGGAACAAGAUCUUAUUGUCUGUCCAAUGACAAUAGAACCACUAAAUAAUGGAUAA